AUGCGCCGGCGGGCACCGCUGUCGUGCGUUGCGCUGUUGCUGCUGCUGGUGCCGCUCAUCGGUUUUGGCGGCCUGCGGCAACAGGGCACGGCGCAGCGGCGCACGCGCAUACUAAUGGGCGGCGCAAUGGCCGCUGGUGGAAUGAGCCAGGCCGGCGCGGCAGGCCACAAGCAGUACAGCCAGGUCGCUGACUAUGCCGGCUACGACGGCGGCGCAACGUUUGAUCAGCCCGAAACGCUGCACAGCGCGGCGCGAAUUGUGAGCGAAGGUGCUGUGAGCAUUGAGAAGGCGCUCAAGGCAGGCCACAAGAAGAGCAAGCUGCCGCCCGGAGGUGGCCCGCCCAAGCCGCUGUGCCGCAACUACGGGCAGCUGCCAAAGGGGAUUUACAACCAGGCGAGCGAGUGCCCGGCGUGGGGCCAGGAUUUCAAUUGCAUAGAGGGAGAGCGCCCCGAGGACCGUAAUCCGGAGCUAAUUGAGCAGGAGUACCGUAAAAUCUUCCGGCCCCACGAGUGCGACCUGCCCAAGUGGGACCCAUACGGGUUCGAAAAGUGCCUGAAGGGGCGGCGGAUCAUUUUCAUCGGGGACUCGCUGACGUGGCAGAUGUACAAUUCGCUGGCGUGCCUGCUGGCGCCCGUAACGGCCAACGGGACCGCCGUGACGUGGGACAAGGCAAACACGACCGUUACGGGGGAUUACAAGGGGCGCGAAUGGCCCGAGAGCCGCCACAUCCUCAAGCAGUACUGGGCUGAUGUGAAGCUGAAGAACGGAGGAGAGAUCCUAGUGCGCUGCUUCGGCCGGUACAACGCAAGCCUCUGGGAUGACGUGUUCGCCGAGAUGGGCCCGCUGACUGAUCGUGACGUCAUCAUUGCCAAUUUCGGCGCCUGGUACCCGCGCUUCAACUUCAACGAGCCCAGGGCGCCUUUCGAGGCCUUCAAGGCUGAUGUGAAGGACCUCUUUGUGGACAAGCUGAGUAAGUACCCAGCUCAGACCUUUUGGAGGUCAAACUCGCCCACCCACUUUGGGGGAGCUACCGGCACCUUCACUGCUGUAGAGGAGGGCUUGCCGGGCGUGCCGGCGCGGCCGAAGUGCGAGCCGGCCGCAGUUGGCGAAUUUUGGUUCCGGGAGCAUGUUGUCUCGGUGCUCAAGGAGUGCGGCGCCGCGUGCGCAAAGAUCCGGCUGAUGCCGAUCUUUGACAUGACUCUGGCGCGCUACGAGAGCCAUCACGGCACGUUCGGCCGCGGCAAAGACACCGGCUUCACCGACUGCCGCCACUAUUGUGUCAACGUCGUCGACUGGUGGAACAUUGUGCUCUACUCCAUCAUGUGCUUCUGA